GCGCCCAACUGCAGUAGCAUUUGCAUGCUAUCUGACAUCCAUUCGAAUCAGUUUAUCCAGCGCACUGUCGUCGCGAACACGUCCGAAAUAAAAGCCAACCGGAAUAGUUCACAUCGGUUUUUGGGCUACGGAAUACCGAUUUUCAAACUGGACCACAUUUUCGAGGACUGUCAGCGGCAGCAGUUUCACAAAAUGUCUCACGGCGAGCGGAAAGGCCGCCUCAAUGUGGUCAAGUUUCUGGAAUUGGGCUUUGCGGUAGCGUGCCUAGUGCUUCAUUUCUACAGCUUCAACGAUCGCGACAUAAUGACAUCGUUUCUGGCCACUGGCACCUUUACGGGCUAUAUCAUAGUGGUCAUUGGGGUCUUUGCAGGUGUUCUGAUGCGGGCUCCCAUACACAAGCGCAUCGACAUAUUCUUCAGUGUCCUGGGCUGCACUUUGUUCGUGGCCAGCGGUGUGUUCAUCAUCGAGGCCUGGGAGUUCUCCUUCCGAACCCGAACCCGGGACCUCGCGCUUAUCAAGGCCUCGCUGUCGAUCGUCAACGGGGUGCUCUUCGGAUUCGAUGCCGUCUUCACAUUUCGCGACAAGUGAAUCACUUUCAGCCGGAAACCACUGUGCCAAAUCCUCUGGAGCUUCAUUUUGAUGCAUUUAAUAGUUUUAAGUACACAUAUUUUUUUUCGCCGCCCUAAAUUGCAAUUCCACCAAUCAUAAAAAAACAA